AUGUCGUUGAAUGCAGUCAGUGUUUUUUCGGGACUUAUUAAUUUUUUUAUUAAAAAGAAAAGAUUAUAUUGGAUAUUUGUGCUCUUUAUAUCCGGAUGGAGUACUGUUACGAUAUUUACUCUAAUAAAUAAUAGAUUUGUAACGGAUUCCACAAGCAUUGGAGUGGCAACUUCUUACAGCCGUUGGACCAAUACUUUUCCCUCGAUUGGAAUAUGUUUGUCUAAAAAUCGAAUCACUGAGGAUUUUACAAACGCUGUCAAAAAACGUUUUCCGGGCGAAAAACCCUCUUACACGUACAUAAGAACUUUAUAUGAUUAUCUCUUUAUAAACCCGAAUAACUUGUACUUAAAAUGGGAAUAUUGUAGGAAUUUAAAUACUACAUGUGGUGUUGAUAUAUUGGCCAUGAGAAGAGAGUUAUUCGCCAUGGUAUGUACAGAUUUCUUCGAGGAAAUUUAUUUCUCUGAAAUAUUGCUCCCAGACUGCGAACACAUAUUCAAGUUUCAUGAGCUGGAAGUUGGUUAUUGCUUUCUAGCUAACAAUUUACUUGACUAUAAAAAUAUCUAUGAUAUGCCUCUGCGUUACUCUUCGUUGGAAAAAUAUCGCACUCUGCGGUUGAUAUUACGAGCUGGUCUAGUCUAUCGUUAUGACUUGUAUAUCAAUAGCCCCGAAGAUCUCCCUUAUUUCAAUGCCGUAUCCUACACUGUAACCGGAGAGCCCACGGUACAUAGCUUCAAUGCUGAGGAGAUUUACAAUGACGCAUAUGUAAUUUAUGAGCCUGUUUCUCAAAGGAUGUGCAAAUUUCCAACGGAAAGCUCAACACCGGAAAUUUCGUACAGUUUCAGUAUAUGUAUGUCCAACAUUCGAAGCCAAAUUGAAAUGGAGCUAUGCAAUUGCACAUUAUUUAGUCAUAUUAAUCGAAGUUCAAAGAACUAUUGCGGUGUUGAAGAAAUAGCAUGCUUGGAUUCAGGAAAUCUCGCUGCAAAGGUAAGGAACUAUGUAGGAUUUAAUAUGGCGUGCUUACCAUCCUGCGUGGAACAACAGAUAACCUUUGUUGGGUCUCGUGAAAAAACGUACAAUAUUUCUGAAACAUCCAAUAUUGUUGAAAUAGAAAUCGCUUCGCCACCAACGUCCAGGUAUUACAGAUCAAUCACUCAAACUAAAUUGGAUUUGUGGCCAUUGGAAGUGUAA